AUGGAAGAUUCGGACACCAGAGCAAUUCUUCCCGAAGAUACUCUAUCGUCUGCAGACGACGACAUACCGAUAAAUGACACAUUUUCUAAAAACGAGGAGGUUGAGAAGAAGGGACACAUUUGCUCUAGACGGCCGCCGUUCGCUUGCCCGCUUUCGGUUUCUGUUGAACCCGUGUUGUUCUUAUCGAUGUUCUCGCUGUCUCUUCAGUGGCCGCUGUCUACGCAGUACCUAUGGGACCGCAUCAGUGAAGACGUCGGUUACAAUGGAACAAAAGUAGGGGGAUGUGCCAACACUUCUGGGCCCCCAGACCCACUUCAAAAGGUGGGGGAAACAGACAAUCCUCUAUCACCCCUGCAGCCUCGCUACUGUUAUUUUACUGCUGAUCUUUAAUAGAUGUUGUACUUAUCAAUUUCUUACUUAACACUUAUUUUUCUUAAAAGUGCAUUGUUGGUUAAGGGCUUGUAAGUAAGCAUUUCACUGUAAGGUUUACACCUGUUGUAUUCGGCGCAUGUGACAAAUACAAUUUGAUUUGAUCACUCCUGUUCUUGGAGGCCCACACUGUGUGCAGGCUUUUAUUUCAGCCCAGCACUAACACAGCUGGUUCAGCAAAUAAAGGUCUUGAAUGAUGAUUAAAUAAUGUAUUGGUUGUUUGAAAACAUAAAAUAAUAACCUAACAUCACGUGUAACAUCUUAAUAAUCCAGGAUCAGUUUCAGACAAACAGGCACAUGACAUCAACCAGACGAAGAUACAGUACAUCAAUAUUAAAAGCAGCACGUCAGUAAAGAACAUGUACAUGACACAAGUUCAAAAAAUUUUUUUGUGCAAUACAUCAAAAGACGGCCAAUAACAGUAUCAAAAUACUUAAUGUAAGACAGCAUCGUUCCUUACAUAAGGCAACGCCAACUAGUGACAUCAGGUGACAACUAGAAACAACUACAUGUCUCAACAACCUGUUCAUCUAUUUGUCCUUGACACCAGGUCCUGGAGUUUUAGGUUGGCUUGCAAAUAACUGACCAUAACAAUGAACUGUUUGCUUUCAUCAUAACUCAAACCAUAUCCUCUCAUCAUCAGGAGGUGGAGACCCUGACAGCCCACUGGAACCUGUACAUCAAUUUGGGAGGCUUUGCAGUGGGGCUGUUUGUGGUGACUCUGCUGGGCUCCUGGAGCGACCAGGGGGGCCGGCGGCCCGUGCUCAUCCUGCCCAGCCUGGGUCUGGCCCUGCAGGCUGGGGUCUACCUGGUGGUCAUGUACCUCAAGCUGCCCGUGGUCUGGUUCCUCCUGGGCAGGCUGCUCUCAGGCCUCUCAGGUAGGGAUAAGUCCUGUAUUGAUAAGGAGAUGGGACACCAUUAUGUUAGCAUCAGGAACAUCUUUACUAAGAUACAACCGGAUAAUACAUCAUGCUAAGUCCAACUCAAGUUUUUCAGAAUCAAUUAGUUGCUAGGGCCAAUUAACCAAUUAAUCCGCUUUUUUAAAACAUUUUUUUUUUUAUCAAUGUGGGUAUCCUUGACUGACUUAUCGAUGCAUCAAUUAACUCAUCCUUACUCUCAGGCGACUUCAACACCAUCCUGGCAGGCUGCUUUGCCUAUGUGGCUGACACCAGCGACAGGGGCUCCCUGACCUUCAGGGUGGCAGUGCUGGAGGCCUGUCUGGGACUGGCUGGCAUGCUGGCUAGUAUCAUAGGGGGGCAGUGGCGGCAGGCACAAGGGUAGGUUAUAUCAUGUUAAGAUGGCCCAAGGUAGCUAGCUAUCUGUGGAUGAAAAACAUAUCACUCUCAUAGUCUUCUUCAAUUCAUUUUUUGAUUACAGUAUGUUUGUAAGCUUCUAAACUUGUGAUACAGUAAUGUAACUGGAUAACACUUAUACCUCUCAUGGGGACUUGAUCCAUACUGAAAUAACUGAAAUCCCCACCCUUUAUUUUCCUCUCCAGGUACAUUAACCCAUUCUGGCUGGUGCUGGCCACUAACCUGGCUGCUGCCCUUUAUGCCUACCUGUUUGUACCCGAGUCCAUCACCCCUGACCCCAGUGCCAAACUCUUCACCACCCGCCACCACCGCGCUAUCUACCGCCUCUACUCUGCACUAGGCGACCCCACCGAGGUCGGCAGUCACACAAAAUGGAGGAGGUACAAACUGUGGCUCUACACCUUCUGCUUCUUCCUGGUGGUGACGGUCCACUUUGGCAGCCGGGAGCUGUAUGUUCUGUAUGAGCUGAGCUCGCCGCUGUGCUGGGGCCCAGGGCUGAUUGGCUGGGGGUCUGCAGCCCUGAAUCUGGCCUACCUCAGCAGCCUCCUGGGGUUGAGGACCAUGCAGCGAUGUCUAGAGGACUCCUGGGUGUCUCUGGUGGGACUGGCCUCAAACAUGACCGGCCUGGUGGUCAUCUCACUGGCCAACACUACUGAACUCAUGUUCACAGGUGAGAGGCUAUCCCAGAAGACAAAACAAGUUAAAUUGACAUCAUUACAACCAGAUUACAAUCAGUUUAGAGUUGACUAGAUUUGUUUAUUGUUAUGACCUUUUUCACAAUGUAUUAUUAGUCUUAGUGAACAUGUGCUCUUGGCUCAGCUAUCAACAGUAUAAGUCUUUGCAGCAUUACCUGGUGGUGUCUUGAGAACAGUGCACUGGGAGAAACGCUCUAGUAGCACACAGUAAGACAUGUGUCCCAGAGUACUAGAUCAAUAAGCCUGCCCUGGACGACUUCUGUUUUCUCUCUCCUCCUGUCUCGUUCUUCCACAGAGAUCACACAGCUGGGUAAAGGUUGCAAAACUCACCGCUUAUUCACUGCCCUCUAGUGAUGGUGAUAGAUUAUACAUGGAACAUGCCCAUCAUCAUUGUUUUGUCUCCAUUCCCCAAGUAACUUUCCGUAGUGUACCUUUAACAGGUAAGUGUGUGUCCACUCCCCUUCUCUAACAGGCUAUGGGCUGUGCUUCCUCUACAUGGCAGCCACUCCAGUCCUCAGGGCCAAGCUGUCCAAGCUGGUGGGGCCUGAAGAACAAGGUGAGAGAGAGCUUUCAAAAGAGGGCCCUUAGCUGGGAUAUAUUCACAAUAUGUCACGAACUCUCAUGUAUACAGUUUCAUAGUGCUCUAUGACUACAUCUAUAAGGUGCUAUAAAUGUUCAUAAGGUAGCAUAACACUUCAUAAGAAUAUGUUUUAAGUGCUACAGACAUCCUCUAUGUCCUGUCCUGUGUGUUUCAGGUGCGUUGUUUGCGUCAGUGGCCUGUGUGGAGGGGCUGUGUUCCCUGGUGGCCAGCGGCCUCUUUAACUCUCUCUACCCAGCCACCCUGCACAUCAUGAAGGGAUUCCCCUUCCUGUUCGGAGCCCUCCUCCUCCUCAUCCCCACAGGGAUCAUUGGGUAAGUCCUUCCUUACCUGAAAUUCCUAUUUCAGUUUUCCUAAUUUAAAACACUGAGGCCAUAAACACCUUGUUGUGUGUUUAGGAUAGUGGAGUGUCGGGAUCAAAGGACAGAUAGAAGAGAGGACUCUGCAACAUCCUGACACUGACAGACAGACAGCCAGACAGACAGGUAGUAGAUAAACUUCCUCACAUCACAGCUUGAGCCUCUGGAAGGCCACAGCCUCUGCUGCCCUACAUACACCUUUUCACCAGUGUGUAGGAGAGGUAGCUGACUGUCAUUCGACCACACAGAGGUUAGAUUCCGUGGCUUCAACACCAAAAGACCAAAAAGCUGGAACCACCAGCCAACCCCCCAUGACAGACAUCACUGUGCGCUACGUCAUGUGAGACAAGAAGAGAAAGAGGUCUGGGUUCCCUGUUGUAUUUUAAACUGAAAAUCUAAUGUGAGCUGACAUACAAUUGUGGUCAAAUAAUACCCACAGUACUAUAGCAAACUAUCCAAGGGCAGGCAGAAAAUACAUGACUCAGAAAAUAUGAAAUUCAAUAACAGUGCAUCUCGAUGUCACCAAAGCAUGCGAGCAGCAGAUAGAUCGGCUGUAGCCCAACUUGUCCAGACUCAACCAUUAGUAUCUCUUAACAAAACGAGACCCAUCGGCUUCUAACAGCAGUCAGGGAGUACUGAGUUACACUGCUUACAGUUUACUGUCAUCCCUCCAUUCAACAGAUAGCCCAGUCUAACCCCUUAAGUGCACUCACACAGCAACCCUGUCACCCCUCCAUACAAUACAACAGAUAGGCAAGGCAAGUCUGUGUGUGUGCCAAUAGAUGGCCUAGUCUAAACUCCCUGCUCCCUAAAGUGUUCUCACAUAGCAACACAAGGCCACAGCUAGCUCACACACACCACACUCACUGACCUGGGUUCAACCCUCAGUAGCACAGGGGGCAACCAGAUCUCUUAUAACACAUUUAAAAGGAUGCAACUGGAACUGAGGGAUUACGGCCAGGGGAAGAGUUGAAGCAUUACUGUCACUCAGUAUUUGGGAUGAUAUAUUUUGAUUGGCUGUUAGGGAGAAGGAAGGCCUGUGAUAGGCCUACUGGCUUCCUGUCUUCUGAAAUCAUGUAACCAAUGUGUUCAAUGCACUGACUGGAAGUUGCUUUGGAUAAGAGUUUCUGCUAAAUGA